CCCCGCAUCGGGCUCCCUGCUCGGUGGGGAACCUGCUUCUCUCUCACCCGCUCCCCUGCUUGUGUUCCCUCUCUCGCUGUGUCUCUGCCUGUAAAAUGCAUAAAUAAAAUCUUAAAAAAAAAAAAUGUUAUCCCAUCCCCCAAAUCUGAUCUUAUUAGUAGAACCUCUACAAAAAUUGUAGCCAAUUACUAGAUUUUGAAUUUCAUCAAUAAAAAAAAAAUGUGGACGUUUGUUUUGUUCUGUAAGUACAUAUUAUUCUCAAUUUGGCCUCUUGGCCCUCAAAGUCUAAAAUACUAACUGGUCCUUUAUAGGAAAAGUUUGCCAACCCUGCUCUAGAGUCUGGUUUGUUGUUGGGGAAGUGGCAGCAGGGCAGGUGGAGUCAGAGUGAGGUCAUGUGACACUAUUCUGGAAUCCGUGGGGGACUAGAUACAGAUUAGAAUACCAGCUCCUUUCUCCCCAUUGCCUCUAACCUUAGUUUUUCUGUUAGCUCUGAUACUUUUCUGUUCAUUCAGUUUGUUUAAAUUCUCUUCACACUUCUCCCCGGAAGAGAGUGAAACACCCAAACUGAUAAAUCUUUUAAGUAAGACAGCUUGGCAUAGGAUUUAAAGUUUAGCUGGAAAUUGAACUGGUAGCAGUUUAGAACUUGAUUUAACACCUCCUUCAGGGUGAUGUAACUUACUGAAUUUAUUGUUAAUUCCUUAUGUGCUAUCACUGUUAGUGGGACAAGUGAUUGAAUUUAGAUUUCCAAUAGCCUGCUUUUUGCUGUUGAGUGUUGGAAAAUAAAAAUAAUCCAAUAAAUGUUGAAAGUUCAUUUGAUUUUUUUUAAAUGUGGUUGCAUAUACUUGAUUUUAAAAGUUUUUAGGGAAAAGUUAAUAGUUAUGUAAAGCAGUUUAGCAAUAUGAUAGGUACAUUAUGAUUAUAUCUGUGUAAAAAUACCAAGAGAAAAUUUACCAAAACGCUAACAUUAGUGACGGGAUUAAGGGCGAUUCUGCCCUUUUCUUCAUUUUUCAAAAUUUUUGUUAGUGGGCGUGUGACUUUCAUAAUAAUCUUUUACAUUUACAAAUAAACCAUUGCUAGGAUAAUUAAUGUGAUGUCCUGAAAAGGAGUGAAAGGUAGCUUUGGUUUAAGCUCAGCCGUGGGGCAGACAUGAAGGCGCUGCUUAGUAAAGGUGAAGAAGCUCUGAGCAAUCAAGUACCCAUCCCUUCUUCCGGUUGAAGGCGUGGCUUUCUCUGACAGAGCUCUUACUUGCCCAGGGCCCCUGUGGUUUCUGGACUCAUUCUGGCCAUAGUAGCUCACCAAGGCCUUGCAGUCUGAAACUAUUCUAUGUUACUGGCUUCUAUUCUUGAGUGCAGGUAUUCCUGGGAGAUGGGAGUGUGAAGAACUUAGUUGUGUGGCCCUUGUGCCUUCCCCAGAGUUUGGAGAGGGGGGGGAGUGAGUAGUUGGUGUGUUUUCCCUCCUCAGACCCCAGGACUUCUUGGGUUUCCUGAGACCUGGUUGAAUUAAAGAGUGAAUUUCAACCUAUUUAGUUUCUUAAAUCAUGAACUUUCAAAGCCUUAAGAUGAAAGCGAUGGAUUGGAGCUUAACAGUGACAGUUGUGCCUGUCCACUGAAAAUUUGUUGAAUUUCAAUCCAUGAAAAUAGAAAGUGAUUUCUAAGUGGUUUUGUCCUCGCCUUCUGGGCACUGUAUUGCCUGUUAGCAGAGGGUCAAGUGGGAGAGGGAGAAUGGGAAAUUCUGAACAUUUUGGUUCCUAGGUAGCAGACGGUACAGUUCCAUUCAUGAUUUUAGCAAAAAGUUAGAAAUUUCUCUCCUCUGAUUGCAGUUGGUUAAAAGUGGGCUCUCUGCUUGCGUAAAUUUGGUCACUCAGCCCCUUCUCUCAUGAGGGGCUUUUCUGCAGGACACUGCCCUAUCUGCUGAGUUACAGGUUUCCUGCUGUGUGGUACUUUUCACAAGGAAUAGGGAUUAGGCUUUCACCUCUCAAUGCACUGCCUGCUGGCGGCAUCAUAAAACUAUCGGUAUUGCUUUGUGGGCUUUGCCCUACUGUGACUUCAUUUCUUAUAAUCAUUCAGCAAACUGUAUUCAGUUCUUACUUGCUGUCAAGGAUUUUAUAAUCUAGUAGUAGAGAAAAAUGUACAGAUUAUUAAUAUGCAUUGCAGGAUAAAGGCUAUAAAAUGUCUAGAGAACAUGCUGGCAAAACUUAGAGAUUAUCUUUUAACUAGGGGCAAGGGCAGAAAGGGGAGGAUGGGUGGAAGUCAAGGAGGGCAACAUGGAGGUGGUGGCAUCAGAUUUAUUACCAUUGAAUUCAGCCUCGAAAGAUUUCUACAAGUAAGGAAGCGGACAUAAACAAAGGGAAGUUAAAGAUCUAUUUGCAAGUCACCAAGGACUCCAGUUUUAGCAGCUGGAAUGGAGAGGAAUCAAGGGAAUUAAGGCUGGAAAAAAAGUAUUGGGCCAGAUGUUUAGGGCCUGGAAUGCCAGGCAGAAUGGUUGGUGCUUAUCUGGAGCUACUGGGGGAAGCUAAAGACUUUUAAGAAAGUGAGAAUUAAAUUUGGGCUCUAGGAAGAAUAAACAAGUGCAGUGUAGUAUAAAUUGGACAAGGGAGAGACUGGAAGCAAAGUACCAAGUCCCUGACCUACGACUUAAAGUGAGAUAAUUUGUUGCCUGAUGUCUGUCCUCCUCUGUGGCAUCCCUGCCAGCCAGAGUCCUUGUGGAGCCCUGGUAUUUGCGAGUGGCACUGUGGACAUGGCUGCCCCAAGCAAGCAGGCUUGCCGAGACGCUCCUUCUCCAAGAGGACAGACUGUGCCCGAAGUCAGGGUGACUUCCCCUGGCUGCCUCCUGGUUUUUUUACUGAGGCACUGAUACCAAGCAAACAGGCACCACUCAGGGUUGGCAGAUUUAACAAAUAAAAAUACAGGAUGCCAGUUAGAUUGGAAUUUCAAAUAAUGGAUACAUUUUUAUUAUCAGUAUGCCCCAUGAAAUACUUGGUUUAUCUGAAAUUCCGAUUUAACUGGGUGUCCCAUGUUUAAUCUGACAAUCCUAACCACUGUUCAGUCUUCUCUGCUCCUGGCUCUGGACUCUGCUUCCUCCUCUCCCAUUUUCCACCUCUUACCUCCUGAGUUAGUCUCCUAGUGGGUCCAGAGUUAGAGGGAGUCUGUGCUGCCCAGGAGGGAUCCGCCUAGUAGUUUGGAGGAUGGGUGUCCCAUCUCAGUGCCAGGGUUUGGGACAUGUGUGCAGCACGAGGUACAGCUUUCUGUCUAACCAGACGGAAAGACCCUGUGUUCCAGUGCCAAAAGGGACAGGAGAACAUCAGGCCCUAGGGAGACUUCUAGGUUUCUGCCUGGUGUCUCCAAAUGUACCUGGGACGCAGAGGUGAUGUCCCUGCAGUUUGGCUCCUCCUGCACCUCACCUUAUCCUGCUUUCCCCUUUCCAGUUCCUCUGUACCCCACUCACAUCCCACAAAAGUACUUGGAACUCUUGGACCUAGACAUACUAAGUUCAUACUUAGCCCUUUGCCUAAAACAUCCUUCCCCAUUCUUCUACCCACCAGCACCUCCUCAUUUCCCUUCCUCUCCCAGACUGGGCCCCACGCUCUGGGUUCCCAAGGAACCCUCAGCAAACCUCCUUUAUAACCUUUUCCACACUUGAUUGAUUCUGCCUGUUACUUUUAUGUCUCUCCCAUGAAGGUAUGGGCUUCCAAGGGCAAGGACGUGCUGCUUCAUUAAGGUCCUCAGUGCCUGCCACUGUGCCUGCACUUGGUAGAGGCUCAAUAAAUAUGUGCUGAAUGAACAGCAGACUCUGUUUGGAAGUUUCACUGCCCUUUAAACCUUUAUUUGUAUUCCUCAGGGAGCACCCAGCUCUAGCUCCCCUUGGCCCGUACAUACACCUGGACACUUCUCCAUACUUUAAGGUGGAGAGGAUUUUUUUUAGCACUUUUCAUUAGCAGUAAAGAAAACUUGUCUGGAAAGUCUCAGCCCUCAACCUACCUGUCCCUACACCUUGUAUAUGCCCAGACUAGUAAGGUCUCAAGUAUCCUGGCAUGAGCUACAUCCUCUCACUUUUGUCCCAUGCCUUCUAGCUUCAGGUGCUGCUCCAAGCCCGGACAGUUACUUCAGGUCAGGUGGUUGUUCCCUCUUUGCCCCCUUCUGCACACGCUCUUCUGUGCCUUCUGGAAUCAUCCUCAUUGCUGGCAUCAAAUGCCCUCUGUUGAGCCAUUUGUUGCCUGCACUGUUAGGGCUUAAGGGAAUGAAUAAAGAGAACUGCGCUGCCUGCCUGUCCCUGCUGUGUAGGGGCUCCCAAGUCUAAGACACCCUCCACCUGGACACAUAGAGUGAGCAAAAACACGGAUGGCAUGUUCUGUAAGGGGGUACCUGAAGGAAUUCCGCACGGAGCAGUGCCCACUCUUUGUGCAACACAAAUGCACUCAGCACCGGCCCUACACCUGCUUCCACUGGCACUUCGUGAACCAGAGACGUCGCCGGUCCAUCCGCCGUCGGGACGGCACCUUCAACUACAGCCCCGACGUCUACUGCACCAAGUACGACGAGGCCACAGGCCUCUGCCCGGAGGGCGACGAGUGCCCAUUCCUGCACAGGACCACAGGGGACACUGAGCGCAGGUACCACCUGCGCUACUACAAAACUGGAAUCUGUAUCCACGAGACAGACUCAAAAGGCAACUGCACCAAAAACGGCCUGCACUGUGCUUUUGCCCACGGGCCCCAUGACCUCCGUUCCCCUGUCUACGACAUCAGAGAGCUCCAGGCCAUGGAGGCCUUGCAGAACGGCCAGACCACAGUAGAGGGCAGCAUAGAGGGCCAGACGGCUGGGGCUGCGAGCCAUGCCAUGAUAGAAAAAAUCCUCAGUGAGGAGCCACGGUGGCAAGAGACUGCUUAUGUGCUGGGGAACUAUAAGACGGAGCCGUGCAAGAAGCCCCCGAGGUUGUGCCGCCAGGGUUAUGCCUGUCCCUACUACCACAACAGCAAGGACCGGCGGCGGAGCCCCCGGAAACACAAAUACAGGUCAUCUCCGUGUCCGAACGUAAAACAUGGGGAUGAGUGGGGAGACCCUGGCAAGUGUGAGAACGGAGAUGCCUGCCAGUACUGCCACACCCGCACGGAGCAGCAGUUCCACCCAGAGAUCUAUAAAUCCACCAAGUGCAACGACAUGCAGCAGUCGGGCAGCUGUCCCCGAGGACCUUUCUGCGCCUUCGCCCAUGUAGAACAGCCACCCCUCAGUGACGAUCUACAACCUUCUUCAGCUGUGUCGAGCCCCACUCAGCCGGGUCCCGUCUUAUACAUGCCAUCUGCUGCCGGAGACUCGGUGCCUGUGAGCCCCUCCAGCCCACAUGCCCCUGACCUCAGCGCUCUCCUCUGUAGAAACAGCAAUCUAGGAAGCCCAUCUAAUCUCUGUGGCUCCCCCCCGGGCUCCAUCAGGAAGCCCCCGAACCUGGAAGGCAUUGUCUUCCCUGGGGAGUCUGGCCUCGCCCCUGGCAGCUAUAAGAAGGCUCCUGGCUUUGAGAGGGAAGACCAGGUGGGAGCUGAGUACCUGAAAAAUUUUAAAUGCCAGGCCAAGUUAAAACCCCACUCACUAGAGCCCAGGAGUCAAGAGCAGCCUCUGCUUCAGCCCAAACAGGACAUGCUGGGCAUCCUUCCCGUGGGCAGCCCCCUGACCUCAAGCAUCUCUUCUAGUAUCACCUCCAGCCUGGCAGCUACUCCCCCUAGCCCUGCAGGCACCAGCAGCGUCCCUGGCAUGAAUGCAAAUGCUCUGCCCUUCUAUCCCACCAGCGACACGGUAGAGUCAGUCAUAGAAUCUGCCUUGGAUGACCUGGACCUGAACGAGUUUGGGGUGGCCGCCCUAGAGAAGACUUUCGAUAACAGCACAGUGCCCCACCCAGGCAGCAUCACAAUUGGUGGCAGUUUGCUGCAGAGUUCUGCGCCCGUGAACAUCCCUGGUUCCUUGGGCAGUUCUGCUUCCUUCCACUCAGCAUCCCCGUCCCCUCCUGUCAGCCUCUCCUCACAUUUCCUGCAGCAGCCCCAGGGCCACCUGAGCCAGUCAGAAAACACAUUUUUGGGGACCUCAGCAUCACAUGGAUCUUUGGGUCUGAACGGGAUGAAUAGCAGCAUCUGGGAGCAUUUUGCGUCUGGUAGCUUCUCCCCAGGCACUUCCCCUGCCUUCCUGUCGGGGCCAGGGGCCGCUGAGCUGGCCCGGCUGCGGCAAGAGCUUGAAGAAGCCAACGGCACCAUCAAGCAAUGGGAGGAGUCCUGGAAGCAGGCUAAGCAGGCUUGUGAUGCCUGGAAGAAGGAGGCGGAGGAGGCCGGUGAGCGGGCCAGUGCAGCAGGUGCUGAGUGCGAGCUGGCCCGGGAGCAGCGGGACGCACUGGAGGGGCAGGUUAAGAAGCUACAGGAAGAACUGGAGCGGCUGCACUCGGGCCCCGACCUGCAGGCCCUGCCCACCUUCUCUGACCUGGAGGCCCUCUCGCUCUCCACCCUCUACUCCCUCCAGAAGCAGCUGCGCGCCCACCUGGAGCAAGUGGACAAGGCCGUGUUCCACAUGCAGUCGGUGAAAUGCCUUAAGUGUCAGGAGCAGAACCGAGCGGUGCUGCCAUGCCAACACGCCGUGCUGUGUGAGCUCUGCGCCGAGGGCAGCGAGUGCCCCGUCUGCCAGCCCAGCCGGGCCCACACUCUCCAGUCGUGACCCUGCAGGCCUGGCCCCGGCCCGGCUCAGAUCUUCUUUCCUAGGACUUUUUAAAGUAUAUAUAUAUGUAUGUAUGUAUGUAUGUACGUAUGUAUGUAUGUGUAUAUGAUUCUGUAUAUGUAUACAUUUCUGUGCGCGUGCGGGUGUGCGUGGGCAGCAGUGUGUGAACAGUGUGUAUCUGUACGUAGAUAUAGACACACACUUUAAAACAGACUUACCAAGCACUUUUUAAAAGAAAAAACUCUUUUGCAGCCCUCCCCUUGCCCAUUCUGUCCUUUUCCAUUGCAGAGACAAAGUCCCCUCAUUGCCCACCGGCCUUUUGGCAGGGGAUAGGUUUCUCUUUUUAAUGUAGGAAAACUAACUAGUUUUAACUUCUUCCUGGGGCCCGAGCAGGAAGCUGGAAGGGGCCAAGGGGAGGGACCAAGCCUUCAGGGCAGGCCCUGUUCACUGCACCUCCCGAGGCCAGGGCCAGAGCCAGGGGUGUGGACAUCGGGGGGACAGACCUGGUUCCCAGCCAUGAGGCUUGAGAGGGGGGUGUGCCGGGGGUCUCAGCCAGCCUAGCUCCUAGGUUUUACCAAAUGUGUAUCUAGUCUGGGGCUGGCAGGCCAAAGCUGCAGGGGCCAGCCCCACUCCCAACCCUGGGCCCUUGAAGCUCCUUGAGGGGCAAGGCCCAGGAGUUCUACCCCUCAGGUUCCUGAGGCCAGGGGUCCACCUCAGUCCUCUCCCUCCGGGCCCCCAGAGCAACCUCCCUGGCCCCAGGACCACCUACCAGACUGGCACUGCCCUCUUCAUAACCCCCCAGCUGCUGUCAGCUUCCUCCCUUUCCCCCCUACCCCCUCCGGCAGCUAGCAGGGCAAUUGGUGGGGAGGAGCUGCAGACUGGGGACCAAGGUGGGGCUUAGGCCCUGCCCUCCUCACCGGGAGGGGCUCCGUGCGCAUUCCUUGGUGCUCUCUGAGUGCAGCUGACGUCCUGCCCAUUUGGAGCGGACGCGUGUGUACAUGUGUGUGCGUGCCUGUCCAAUGUAUAUUGUGUCUUAGCUUCCAUUUUAAAAAUUGUUCUGUACAGAAAGAUGCAGUGGGGGCGGGAGGGCAGAGCGGGUGGAGGGAAGCCACCCUGCUCCCAGCGCUGGGGGUCUGGGGUGGGAGCAACAGGGCUGUGAAGGGUCUGGUCUGGCCCAGGCUCCCCCUUGGGCUCAGCACGAAAGGGCUUUCAAUGAAUUAAGUGAAAACUUUUUUUUACAAAAAUGCAAAAAUCAACAAAGCUCCAAACCUAUUGGAAAUAAAAUAUGAACU